AUGCCAGAUCUCUGGGAUCCAAUCGUCAAAGCCACAGAGUCUACAAGCCGCUAUGCUCGCCUGGUGAAAUUGACCCCUAAUAUCGUGGGUUCUAAUGUACAUGUGCAGUUUGAAUAUACACGUGGAGAUGCAGCGGGCCAGAAUAUGGUCUCGAUUGCUACUCAGCGUGCCUGUGAUUGGCUUCUUGAUUCUACACAGGAUCUGGGGCUGAACAUCACAAGAAUCCUUAUUGAAGGCAAUGUGGCGCCGAACAAAAAGCCAUCCUGGGGAGCUGUUGACUCGCCUAGAGGUGUGGAGGUUGUUGCAUGGACUUGCAUUUCUGAUACCGUAUACCGUGCCGUUCUCAAAUGCACAACCGAGAGCCUAUACCGCACUUUCCGCACCACACAAGAGGGAAGGAUUCGAAAUGGUCGGUUCGAAUCCAAUAUAAACGUAACAAAUAUCAUCACCGGGAUUUUUGUUGCGACUGGUCAGGAUGUCGCAGCGAUUGCUGAAGGGCCUUGGGGUCAUUUGACCCCAGAGUACGAUCAUGAGUCUCGCCAGCUUAAAUUGACCCUCUAUUUCUCAUCUCUACUAGUUCGUACCGUUGGAGGUAGAACUGGGUAUGAAAUACAGCGAGAAGCCCUGGGAACUUUGGGAUGCAUCGGUCCUGCGGGUCUGAUUGCGGCCUUUUCUCUUGUGCUUGAAAUCAGCACUGCAGCGUCCGGAACAAACAACACCUUCACCAAAGGCCAUGAGCGACUAGAACGUGCACAGCAAGAAAAUAGAAAGACAAGCAAGUUUUGA